AUGGACUCGACCGAAUUCGUCAGCAUCCUCGCCAACUUCUGCACGUCGACGCCAGAUGUCGCUGCGGACGGCGGCGACGUCGCCGACUGCGCGGCGCGUCGCUCGGUGACGUACACGAACGCUGUCGGCUACGUGUACCGCAACUUCUUUCCCAUCAUCAUCGCCGUCGGCACGGUCGGCAACGCUCUCAACCUCGUCGUUCUCUGGAGCGGUCGCCAGCGGGAGCUGAAGGCGGUCUCGUACGUCUACCUGCGCGCCCUGGCGGUCGUCGAUUUCUCGGUGAUCGUCGUGCUCGGUGUCUACAACGCUGUGGUCUACAGUAAGACUAGCCUGCUGCAGUGGUCGUUAGCCGAUGCCAUAUACAUUGGCCACGUUGCCUUACCGCUCGCAAACUCGCUGAUAUGCGCAAGCAAUCUCAUCGUGCUCGCUGCGACGUUUGAUAGAUACGUCUCUAUUUGUCAUCCGCUCCGCGCGAGGGCGCUGCGAGAGCGCUCGACGGCGCGCGUUGUCGUCAUCGUCGCCGUCGUCGUCGCCGCGGCGGUUCACGUACCGGAAGCGUUCCAGCAGUACGCCGUUUCCGGCGUCAGCCGGAAUUCGACGUUCUUCUUCUAUCAGCCCUGCGCGCGCAUCGUUCACCAUGCAGCGUACAAGCACGCGUGGCUGUGGACUCAGACGCUCCUAAGUAAGAUCCUGCCCAUAGCGGGAGUCGUCGGUCUAAACCCGGCCAUCGUCGUCGCCUACCGUCGCAGCAUCGUAGCGCGGCAGUCGCUCACGCAAGGUCACGCGAAAUCCGACGAUGGAGGGCGCGCCGAUCGCCAGCUGACGGCGCUGAUGGUCGCCAUGUCGUCGGUUUUCGUCGCGGCGACGUUACCAGCGAUGAUCGUCCGUCUGAUAGACCUGCUCGCAGCGCCGUGGAGCGGCCGAUACUGUCUCUCCUAUCGGUUGUUUCGCCUGGCGGCUAACGCACUCGAGGCGGUCAACUACGCUGCUAACUUUUACCUGUACAGUCUUGCCAACGCCGCCUUCCGGCGAUGCCUGCUAAGAGUGGUCGGCUGCGUGGCUUGUCGGCCGACGGUGGCGCGUCGAGCGGCGGGGAGCGGAGGUGGCACCAGCGCGCGGUCGGCGUCGACAAUGAAUACCGUUGUCGUCUGCGGCGGCGGAAGUCCGUGUCCCGUGAUCAUGCGACGGCCGGCAGGCGGCACCACUGCUGCUGCUACUGCUGCGGGCGCCGGAAGUGUGCGAAACGCGCCGACUACGGUGACGACGCGGCUGCCGCGGCGUGACGUCAUCGACACGACGGCGCUGUGA